AUGGACGUGCAGAAAGUGUAUGAUACCGUUGAAUGGGAUGCAUUAGAGCGGAUUAUGCAAGAAAUGAGUUUUCCGGAGAAAUUUGUCAAAUGGAUCAUGACAUGUAUCAGAACUGUAUCAUACAGAUAUACAGUUAAUGGGCAAAUUAGUAGAACUUUGAGAGCCAAAUGUGGUCUGCGGCAAGGGGACCCAAUCUCCCUAUUACUAUUUGUUUUGGUAAUGGAAUACUUGCAUCGUUGUAUGGGAAAGCUACAUGACACAAGAGAGUAUCGGUUUCAUCCCAAAUAUGCUAGACUUAAAAUCACAAAUAUUUGCUUUGCAGAUGAUUUGAUGUUGUUUUCUAGAGGGGAUGACACUUCUAUAAAGAGCAUGAUGAAGGUGUUUGAUAACUUUUCUGACUCUACAGGGUUAAAGGCCAAUCCACAGAAAUGUAAAGUCUAUUUUGGUGGUACUAGAGAUAUUGACAAACAUGAAAUUUUAGCAGCUACAGGGUUUGAAGAGGGACAACUCCCCUUCAAAUAUCUUGGCGUCCCGUUAUCUAGUCGGAAACUUAGCAUAGUUCAAUGUCAGCCCCUUAUUGAUAAGAUCAUGGCGCGGAUCAACCACUGGACAGCUAAAUUGUUGAAUUUUGCAGGUAAAAGUCAGUUGGUUCAAAGUGUUGUUUUUGCUAUUGCUGCCUAUUGGAUGCAGGUUUUCCCGAUACCUAAAAAGAUUAUUCAACGUAUAGAAAGUCUAUGCAGAAUGUUUCUUUGGAGUGGAAAAAUUGAGGGCAGUAGGAAAGCUCCGGUUGCGUGGGGUAGAGUAUGUGAUCCAAAGAAAGCUGGUGGGCUGAAUAUUAUCUCUUUAAAGGAAUGGAAUGAAGCAACUAUGAUUAAGCUUCUUUGGAAUGUGCAAGCCAAGAAGGAUAAGCUGUGGGUGAAAUGGCUCAAUGCUUAUUACAUAAAGGGGCAGGAUACACAAGAAUGGCAAGCUCCCCAUGAUUGUUCCUGGAUCAUCAAGCAAAUCAUGAAGAGCAGGGUGUUGAUCAUCAAUGAUCCGAACUGGAGGAUGAAGCUGAAUGAUGAGAAAUUUAGAACAAGAGAUAGCUAUGAGCUGAUGCGAGAACCUCAACCACCUGUUAGUUGGAGAUCAGUUUUCUAUGCUAAUAACGCAAGACCUCGAUCAAUAUUCCAUUUAUGGCUACUUAUGUUGGGCAGGAUUCCUACAAAGGAUCGCUUGAUAAAAUUUGGUGUGCAGGUGGAACAAAGAUGUUGUUUCUGUAUUGAGAAUGAAUCAAUUGAUCACUUAUUUUUUCAGUGCAGAUUUGCGAAAUCAGUGUGGGAAGAAAUUUUGAUCUGGAUGGGUUAUCAUCGGGGACCUGAAAAAUGGAGCAUUGAGAAGGUAUGGAUCAUUGCAGAAACAAAGAAAAAAGGCUGGCAGCGCAACAUAUUGAAGAUUGCAGUGGCUGAGACAUUCUAUAUGCUGUGGAAACAUAGAAAUGAUGUCAUCUUCAAUAACACACAAAUGAACUAUAGCAUUGUGGCUGACAUUAAAUACAAUGUGGUUAUUAGAAGUAGCAUGAAUAGGAAGCUUAUAAGCCAUGUAGAUAUUGAGAACAUCAAAAUUUGUUAG